GUGUUACCCAAAUCCUCUGUUCAGCUCAAAAUGCUUUUGACUAAAUGUUACAGAUUGUAAAUCUCUCCAUCCUCACCCUGUUUUCUCUCCAGGUGGGUCUCCUCCUCAACGGCUUCGUCAUGAAGUUUUACUUCUGCCGAGCUCAGCAGAAGGCGUCCAGCAGCAUUAUGAUCUACCUGAAGAACUUGGCGGUCGCCGACUUCCUGCUCUGUCUCUCUCUCCCCAUCCGCAUCGCUCGCUAUGCCAACAGCUCCAUCACCAUCCGCUUACUCAACUGCAACUUUGGCGCUGUCGUCCUCUUCCUCAACAUGUACUCCAGCAUCAUGUUCAUGGGCUACAUCGCUGCUAACAGGUAUCUGAAGAUCGUCCAACCUUCAGGAACUCACAUCCUGCAGACGGUGCGAGCAGCUCACAUCAUCUCCACGGUAACCUGGGUUUUACUCCUGUCUGUGACGAGCGUCUUCGUCAUUAUGUCGUUCCACAAACAGGAACCUUUCACCUCUGUCUCAGUGAGCUGUGAAAGCUUGCAGAGUGGCCAGGUCACCUUGCUCCAGAAGAUCAUAAACACCUGCUCCACAGCCACAUUCCUGUUUUUCCUGGUCUUCCUGGUCUUCUUCUACUACAGCACCUCCCGCCGGGUGUCGUUGGCGCAGCAGAGGCAGCCGGCGUCCUCCAGCUCCACAAAGCUUGCAAAGUCCCGCAGAAACAUGCUAGUGCUGGUCAGUGUCUUCUGCUUUUGCUUCGUCCCCUACCACCUGAUUCGCCUCCCCAGAGCUUUCCUGUCCAGUUAUUGUUCAUGGAGCAACUUUCUCUACUACGUGAUGGAGGUCACCAUCCUAAUGUCAGUCCUCAACGUCUGCCUGGACCCGCUCAUCUACUUCAUCCUCAGCAAGAGCUUCAGGACCCAAUUUAGGCUGGGAGUGAUGUCCGGAAACUGAUAAUUACUGUUCAUAACAUUUUAACUGCCAAUAAUGUAGUAAACAAAAUGUAAUUAUAACAGAUUACUUGAUAAUUGCAAAUGAUAUAAUAGGAAAUUAAAACAGAAUAUAAUGUAAACACCACAAAGGCCAUGUCAAGAUGGUAACUCUCGAUUUGUGAAACUCUGGCGAGAUGGUUAAGGUCAGGCUUUGACCUUGAAUGGUUAAAGGGAUAGUUCGGGUGUUUUGAAUUGGGGUUGUAUGAGGUACUUAUCCAUAAUCAGUGUAUUACCUACUGUAGAGGACGGUCGUGCUGGCUUGUGUGUGCUGGCUUUUCAAACGUCCAUUUAUGUCCAUCGCUCACUUUAUGCUCCUCUG